GCGCAGCUAGUCACGUGAUGCCGGGGGCGGGGGCAGAUAGGAGGUGCCUGCUGUCAUCGUUCCGUGGGCCCUGCUGCGGGCACGCUCUCGGCGCAUGCGUUUUUUAUGCGGGAUUAAGCUUGCUGCUGCGUGACGGCGGAGGGCUAGGAAAAGGCGCAGUGGGGCCCGGAGCUGCCACCCCUGACUCGACGCAGCUUCCGUUCUCCUGGUGACGUGGCCUACAGGAACCGCCCCAGUGGUCAGCUGCCGCGCUGUUGCUAGGCAACAGCGUGCGAGCUCAGAUCAGCGUGGGGCGGAGGAGAAGUGGAGUUUGGAAGUUCAGGGGCACAGGGGCACAGGCCCACGACUGCAGCGGGAUGGACCAGUACUGCAUCCUGGGCCGCAUCGGGGAGGGCGCCCACGGCAUCGUCUUCAAGGCCAAGCAUGUGGAGACUGGCGAGAUAGUUGCCCUCAAGAAGGUGGCCCUAAGGCGGUUGGAGGACGGCUUCCCUAACCAGGCCCUGCGGGAGAUUAAGGCUCUGCAGGAGAUGGAGGACAAUCAGUAUGUGAGUAGGGGAGGGGGGGCAUCGUAUUCUCACCCUCCGUCGCUCGUUCCCACUUCUUUGUGCCUUCAUUUUCCCAGCUACGCCUUCACCAGCUUUCAGGGAUUUCCUCCCGCUGUCACUCACACACACUGCUCAUUCAUCUGCCUCCUUACCCCCUUUUGCCCUUUUUUGUCCACUUGUUCACCUUUAUUUACCUAUUUCUUUCAUUUCUCACACAUUCACUCUCAUUUGCCUACUUAUUUCUUAAUGUAUUCAUUCAUUCACCGACUUUUUUUCUCAAAACAUGUAGCGAUUUAUAAUGUAACUAGCACCUAUUGAGCUCCCGAUGUGUUCUGCAGGCAUUAUAUACAUUGUCAUUUUGAGACCUCUUACUACUGUACAAUGCAGGUUUCAGGAUCUCUGUUUCUCAGGUGAGAGGAGGAGGUUAUGUCACCAGCUCUUGGGCCCUCCGUUAGUCAGUAGAGGGUUUGGCCCAGGUUUGAUUGAGAGUCCAGACAUUCUUCCCUUGGGACCUCCCAUAGGCCCUACCCUGUGUUGGGCACUGGUGACACAGAGAAACCAGCUCCAGCCCAGCUCCUGAGGACUUAAGUGUGCUAACAAGAGACAGAGGCAACAGGGCCCACCUAGUGUGGUUCGUGCUGUGAUAGGGUACCGGGAGGGGCUGCUGGAACACGAAGAGGGGCAUCUUUCACCCCUAGUGUCAUUACUCUUUUGGUGCUCUCUCUCACCCAUGUCGAAAUAGGGAAUGUAUUUGACUCCCUGGAGAGUAACGGGGUUGGGUCUCUGUGAUCCUCUGACUUAUCUUUGCUGUUCCCUGGAGAUAUGCAUGAUAUAUUGGAUGACAAAAGCAUGUUAUAAAAUUUUGUAUCAUCUGGGUUUUGUUUGGAAAAAUUAUAUAUGUGAAUGUGUAUUUGUGUGUGCCAUAUCUGUUGUAAAGUCUGGUAGAAUACACUCUAAGAUUGACUGUAGGAUUUUUCUUUUGUUCUUUUUCUGUUGGAUUUUAUGUCUCACCUGAAUGUGUGCAUGUGUUUUGAUCUGUUAAAUGGUUGUGUACUACCUGAAAAAUCCGAAAACAGCAAUCAGGCCAUUUUGAUUUUUUGAGGAAGAUAAAAGGGCUUCCAGACAGCCAUGUGUGGGAUAGGUGGAGAGAGAUCCAUAAGGAAGCUGGUGAUACGGUCCCUACAUCCAGUUGGUCAGAAAUUCUGAAGGUUCUAACUUUAAAACAUACUCUAGUUUUGCUCCUUGCCCAAGUCAUCAUCACCACUCAUCAGAAUGACAGCGGCAGCCUCCCCACUGCUCUCCAUAGCCACAGUCCGGAGGGCUUUGUCAAAAGUGGUCUCACUCUGUCACCCAGGCUGGAGUGUAGAAGUGCGAUUUUGUCUCCCUGUAGUCUCAACCUCCUGGGCUCAGGUGGUGCAACUGAAGGCUGUGUUCCCACACGGUGGAGGCUUUGUGCUGGCCUUUGAGUUCAUGCUGUCGGAUCUGGCCGAGGUGGUGCGCCAUGCCCAGAGGCCACUAGCGCAGGCACAGGUCAAGAGCUACCUGCAGAUGCUGCUCAAGGGCAUCGCCUUCUGCCAUGCCAACAACAUUGUACAUCGGGACCUGAAACCUGCCAACCUGCUCAUCAGCGCCUCAGGCCAGCUCAAGAUAGCGGACUUUGGCCUGGCUCGAGUCUUUUCCCCAGACGGCAGCCGCCUCUACACACACCAGGUGGCCACCAGCCCUCUUCCUCGCAGGUGGUACCGAGCCCCCGAGCUCCUGUAUGGUGCCCGCCAGUAUGACCAGGGCGUCGAUCUGUGGUCUGUGGGCUGCAUCAUGGGGGAGCUGUUGAAUGGGUCCCCCCUUUUCCCGGGCAAGAACGAUAUUGAACAGCUUUGCUAUGUGCUUCGCAUCUUGGGCACCCCAAACCCUCAAGUCUGGCCGGAGCUCACUGAGCUGCCGGACUACAACAAGAUCUCCUUUAAGGAGCAGGUGCCCAUGCCCCUGGAGGAGGUGCUGCCCGACGUCUCUCCCCAGGCAUUGGAUCUGCUGGGUCAAUUCCUCCUCUACCCUCCUCGCCAGCGCAUCGCAGCUUCCAAGAUGUCAUAUGCUUGGGUGCCAUCACCUCAUGACGCUGCCUGCUGUUGUGCCCUGUGCUCACUCCUCUCCAGCCCCAGGGGCUCUCCUCCAUCAGUACUUCUUCACAGCUCCCCUGCCUGCCCAUCCAUCUGAGCUGCCGAUUCCUCAGCGUCUAGGGGGACCUGCCCCCAAGGCCCAUCCAGGGCCCCCCCACAUCCAUGACUUCCACGUGGACCGGCCUCUUGAGGAGUCGCUGUUGAACCCAGAGCUGAUUCGGCCCUUCAUCCUGGAGGGGUGAGAAGUUGGCCCUGGUCCCGUCUGCCUGCUCCUCAGGACCACUCAGUCCACCUGUUCCUCUGCCACCUGCCUGGCUUCACCCUCCAAGGCCUCCCCAUGGCCACAGUGGGCCCACACCACACCCUGCCCCUUAGCCCUUGCGAGGGUUGGUCUCGAGGCAGAGGUCAUGUUCCCAGCCAAGAGUAUGAGAACAUCCAGUCGAGCAGAGGAGAUUCACGACCUGUGCUCGGUGAGCCUUACCUUCUGUGUGCUACUGACGUACCCAUCAGGACAGUGAGCUCUGCUGCCAGUCAAGGCCUGCGUAUGCAGAAUGAUGAUGCCUGCCUUGGUGCUGCUUCCCCGAGUGCUGCCUCCUGGUCAAGGAGAAGUGCAGAGAGUAAGGUGUCCUUAUGUUGGAAACUCAAGUGGAAGGAAGAUUUGGUUUGGUUUUAUUCUCAGAGCCAUUAAACACUAGUUCAGUAUGUGAGAUAUAGAUUCUAAAAACCUCAGGUGGCUCUGCCUUAUGUCUGUUCCUCCUUCAUUUCUCUCAAGGGAAAUGGCUAAGGUGGCAUUGUCUCAUGGCUCUCGUUUUUGGGGGUCAUGGGGAGGGUAGCACCAGCCAUAGCCACUUUUGCCCUGAGGGCCUCCUGUGUGCUUCACAUCACUGAGCACUCAUUUAGAAGUGAGGGAGACAGAAGUCUAGGCCCAGGGAUGGCUCCAGUUGGGGAUCCAGCAGGAGACCCUCUGCACAUGAGGCUGGUUUACCAACAUCUACUCCCUCAGGAUGAGCGUGAGCCAGAAGCAGCUGUGUAUAUAAGGAAACAAGCAUUCCUGGAAUUAAUUUAUAAAUUUAAUAAAUCCCAAUAUAAUCCCAGCUAGUGCUUUUUCCUUAUUAUAAUUUGAUAAGGUGAUUAUAAAAGAUACAUGGAAGGAAGUGGAACCAGAUGCAGAAGAGGAAAUGAUGGAAGGACUUACGGUAUCAGAUACCAAUAUUUAAAAGUUUGUAUAAUAAUAAAGAGUAUGAUUGUGGUUCAAGGAUAAAAACAGACUAGAGAAACUUAUUCUUAGCCAUCCUUUAUUUUUAUUUUAUUUAUUUUUUGAUGGAGUCUUGCUCUGUUGCCCAGGCUGGAGUGCAGUGGCACAAUCUCGGCUUACUGCAACCUCCGCCUCCUGUGUUCAAGUGAGUCUCCUGCCUCAGCUUCCCGAGUAGCUGGGACUACAGGCGCGUGCCACCACACCUGGCUAAUUUUUGUAUUUUUACUCAAGACAGGGUUUCACCAUGUUAGCCAGGAUGGUCUUGAUCUCCUGACCUCGUGAUCCACCCGCCUCAGCCUCCCAAAGUGCUGGGAUUACAGGUGUGAGCCACUGCGCCUGGCCUGUCCAGUUCUUCUUGAGAAACUGGACUUUUAUCAUUUACAUAUUGAAUUAGAAGUUGACACAUCACAUCCUCAUUAGACCCAAACUUUGGCCAGAAGAUUGAGGGAUUGAGGAUGGGUCCCUGAGUCCAAAUAAAAUAGUAAUAUUUUA